UAAUUGAGGGGAAUUGAAUUGAAUCACAGCAGUAGUCGCAUCAGAGGCACCCAAAUCUCGGCGCCCAGUGCCGCGUAUGGGCUCAGUGCACCGUCAAACGACCUGAGAGUCACACACAUCUCGUCCAGCUUACGAUCUCGAGCUCCAUCCCACGUGGGUUAGUCAGCAUGCCGAAUAUCGAGCAGGUACUGGGCGAGCUGCAGCGCUUCGCGUGGCCGGAUUAUGUGGCCUUCGUGGCCAUGUUUAUGCUCUGCAUAGGCAUCGGUAUCUAUUUCGGGUUCCUCAAGAAGUCCGUCUCCGAGGACGAUUACAUGCUGGGUGGCCGCAAGAUGUUGGUUAUUCCAAUUGCAUUCUCACUGGUGGCCAGCUUCGUAUCCGGAAUUACCCUUCUCGGAUUGCCCACCGAAGUGUACUCCUAUGGAAUGCAGUAUCUCUAUGUAGCCACCGGAGUCAUCGGCAUGGGAGUGGUGAUGGGGGUAUUUUAUUUACCAGUUUUCCACGACCUGAACAUCACCUCCACUUAUGAGUAUUUGGAGGUUCGCUUCGACCGCAGACUGCGCUUGUAUGGAUCAGUAAUGUUUGCCAUUAUGAAUGUGGCUUACCUUCCCAUUGUGAUCUACGUGCCAGCACUGGCUUUCAACCAGGUGACGGGAAUCGGUGUCCACACCAUCACCCCCAUAGUUUCCAUAAUCUGUGUUUUCUACACCAGCUUGGGAGGCCUGAAGGCCGUGGUGUGGACCGACGUAGUGCAGGCUGUGUCCAUGCUGGGAGCACUCUUCCUAGUUGCCAUCAAAGGCAGCAUGGACAUCGGAGGAGCAAGUGUAGUGCUUGAGCGAGCUUGGAAUACCAAUCGGAUAGAGGCUCCCGACCUCAGUAUCGAUCCCACGGUGAGACAUACUUUCUGGUGCCUGUUUUUUGGGGGGAUCGUGUACUGGACGCAGACGAACGCCGUUUCCCAGAACAUGAUCCAAAGGUAUUUGGCUCUGCCCACACUGGCCGAUGCCCGGAAAGCUCUUUGCAUCUUUUGCGUGGGAGUGCUCACCUUGAUGGCCCUUUGCGGAUACAAUGGUCUUCUCAUCUACGCCACCUACCAGAACUGUGAUCCUCUUACCACGAAGUUGGCCAAAGCUCGUGAUCAGUUACUACCUCUCUUUGUGAUGGACACCCUGGGUGAUAUGCCCGGCAUGACGGGAGUCUUUAUUGCCGGGGUCUUUAGCGCCGCCCUGAGUUCGCUCUCCACCUGUCUCAACUCCAUGUCCGCCGUGGUCCUGGAGGAUUUCGUGAAGCCUUACGUUAAGAAGCCACUUUCCAGCACGGCCAUCAAUUGGAUAAUGCGCCUUGUCGUCGUUGGAGUGGGGGCUCUAUGUGUCUGCUUAGUCUAUGUGGUGGAGCACAUGGGAACAGUGCUCCAACUGACCAUGAGCCUGGAAGCGAUCACAAACGGACCUCUAUUUGGAAUAUUUACCAUUGGGCUAUUUCUUCCGUGGAUUAAUGGAAAUAGUGCCCUGCUAGGCGGUGUCACUGGCCUAAUAGGCAUGGGGUGGGUGAGUCUGAAUGCCCAGUGGGCCAUCGCCUCCGGUGCCAUCAACUACAGUACCAAGGCCCUCAAUGUGGAGCAAUGCGACUACAGCUUUGAUGUGACCACCAGUUUGGCCAACAGCACCACCCACCUAAGUGCAUCGGCAGAUGACAUCUUUAUGCUAUACCGCAUCUCGUACAUGUGGUACACCACCUUUGGGGCCUCGAUCACCAUUAUUGUAUCGCUUUUGGGUACUCUGGUCUUUGGAAAGAAUAAUCCCAACAAGGUGGAUCCCGUGCUGCUCACACCCUGUAUUCGAAAGUUUUUUAACUAUGGCUCCGAAAAGCCGAUGGAUGCCUAUAAGGCCGACAUUCCACAGCAGCACAAACUCCGACACGACGAGGUAGCUCUCUGAUAAAUUUUUCCUUGCACCUUAUUAUGUAAUGUAGCUAGGUGAAUAAAUUCCUAAUAUUUUAAUACAUUUUCAAAGAUAUUUAUAAAAUA